CAGCGCUUGACAGGUAUGAUGUCGCCAACAAGGGGCCCACGGCGACCGAUAACAACCGACGGUCAGCUUUGUUCCGUGUGUAGUUUUUAGAGUUAAAUGGGAUGACAUGCUGCUUCGGUUUGAGCACAACGUUUCCCGUGACAGCUGCACCGGACGGCGGAGGACUGGAGCCCAUGGAUGUAGCUUAGCAGCCUGCUAGCUAACCACUGAGAAAGCUGUGGUGUCCUGCAUGAUGUGUGACGGUCGCGAGGAUAGUAAGCAGUGCCUGCCCCCCUCUUACUCAUUUUGGGCCAGCCCCCCCAUUUAACCAUAUCCCUGAAGUCUCUCUGCCAAUCUGCCAAGAUGACCGACAGGAAGGAGCCACCCUUCUUUAAUGACGACAGUGUGGGAGCUUUUCACUAUAAGCUCCCCUUCUAUGACACUAUGGAGCUCUUCAUUGAGACCCUGACUGGGACUUGUUUUGAGCUGCGUGUGCUGCCCUUUGAGGCUGUCAUUUCAGUCAAGGCAAAGAUCCAGAGGCUGGAAGGUAUCCCUGUUGCCCAGCAACACCUUAUCUGGAACAAUCUGGAGCUGGAUGAUGAACAUUGUCUACAUGACUAUGGCAUUGCAGAGGGCUGCACUUUGAAACUGGUCCUAGCUAUGAGGGGAGGCCCAAUUAACACCAGGAGAGUAACCAUGGAGGAUCCUAUCAAAGAGGUGACUGACCUGAUGGAGACCACAAAGGAGGAAGGCUGGGAGAAAAGUCUGACAAACAAGCAGGUUACGUUUGUGGUCUAUCGUGAGGGUGACCAGCUAAAUUUCUUCCGAGUGGUCGACAGGGGAGAUGGCACCCUCACCCCUGUGUCCGAAUCUCUGAGCGGUGGCUCGGUGUACAAUGUGUGUGCAGAGGAGGAGGAGGAUGGAGAGAGUUCUGCAGCUGCACAGCAAAGCCUCGAGAACUCCAUUACCAUGAACAAAAUGAAGCUACUCAAAGCCAAGAUGGAGGACAUGAACCUCAACAAGAAGCCGAAGAAGUCAGCUAAGGUGAAACCGCGGCCCCCUGUCAGCUCACAUCCCUGCGGUGGCUCUCUAGGACCCUCCAGCACACGACACCAUCACCGCCUCUUUCGUUCGCUCCCCCAGAUGAACCAGCCUUGGCAGUCAAAUGCACAACUACCUCCAAUCGCAGACCAUGAAUCCAUACACCCUUCUCCGCCCUCCGCUGCUGCAACCUCAGCCCACUUUUCUAUCCCUAGAAGACCUCCUCCCUCUUUCUCCUCACCAUCUUGUUAUAUGCUUCAGGAGGAGGAGCCAUGGGAGACAUGCCCACCAUUUGCAAAGAUCCGGCCCCCUCCCAAAGUGUCCCGGUUGGACAUUGGCAGCAGCAGGUUGAUGAGGGACUGUGUGUACCCUCAGCUACCUCCGCUGUGUAUCAGGGGGCCACCUGAAGCCACCUUUGACCCAGCUGAGCCUGCAGGGGAGGCAGUCGGGCUGGGUUUGUUAGAGGAAGCUGCUGGGCUGGUGAUGCCAGCACAACCUGGAGCUCCAUUUGGGGAAUUGUUAGACCCUCUGAGUCUGGAUGUGUCCACCCCGCCAGAAGGAGGUCGUCGUCCUCAGCACCAGAUGCCGCUCUCCCCCUCCCCGCUCAGCACCUGGACACUUGGGACAAGUGAUAAUUUCACCAGCAGGGGUGAUAGAACACAGCUUGGCACGCCAUAUCAUAUCAGCCCCCCCUCUCCAUUACCUGUCUCCACCUCACCCUCCACUUCUACCAGACCGCUGCCUCAGACGUUCGAUUCCGCCCUGUCCUGUUUACAGCCCAGCCUUCAAGCACAAUCCUCAGCACAAGUGAAGCCAGGCAGCACAUCCCCUCACCCCUCCACCACCUCGUCAACUCAUCCGCCACGCCUUCGUGGUGUUAAAGUGGAGUCACCUGGCAAGAGGCCAGAGCUUAUCUCCAAGAGGGAAGCAAGAGGCAUCACUAAGAUGGCCAACCAAGCCUGUAAGGAGCCGCUGGGGUCCCUGAACAACUCUGAACUUUUGGCUUCUCUCUCCACAAGGGCUCCAGACAGCAGGGAUGGUCUUGGAGAGAGCCUGGGACUCGCAUUGGCAUUGCCCCCCGCCACUGCCUCAGGACCGGGCAGCCAAGGCUCCAGGCUGCCAUCCAUCCCAACUAACAGGCCCCUUCAGGGUGAUCUGAUAAGACAAAUGUCACCGUUACACCGAGCAGCAGCCUCUUACAUGGCCACCAACAGUCUUGCAUCAGCUGGGGGAAUCAUGACAUCAUUUGGGAGAAUAGGCACUCACACAUACCACCUACCUCCAGUCAAAGCUCCCACAGGCAGCAAGAAGAAGAGCUCAAAGCACUGCUUCCUCUGUGGCAAGAAGACUGGUCUGGCCACCAGCUACGAGUGCAGGUGUGGUCACAAUUUCUGUGCCACCCACCGCUAUGCUGAGACGCAUGACUGCACGUACGACUACAAAAGUGCCGGACGGAGAUUUCUGCAAGAGACCAACCCUCUCAUCAGUGCGCCCAAGCUGCCUAAGAUCUAGAUAUUACGACCCUUGCCUCUAACAAGGGGACAGCCUGACGAACUACAGGUUAGACCGACUGAACGAAAGAGAUUCUGCAUAGUUUUUAGCAGAAAGAAGGAACUUAUUCACCACUGUGUGCUUUUUUUUAUCAGCCAAGUUUGCUUAAAUUUAAAUAAAAUAUUCUGUAAAGCCAAGUGUGAACAAGCAGGAGUAGACUGAAAUUGCAAAGAACUAAUUAUCACUUCUUGACAAUGUGAAGAUGUUUAUCCUUUUUAUCUUUUACCUUGUGCUUUUUCCAUCGUGUUAAAACAAAAAAAAAACAAAAAACUGUGCUUGUAUGUAGGUAGUUUUUGCUAAAUAUAUCUGCUGCACGUUCAGACAUAUCUA